AUGGAAGAUACAAAAAUUGUUUCUACUACGGAGAAAUACUUGGAAAGUAAUUGCAGGAGAAGCAAUAGUAGCAUAUUUGCACGAUGGCUUAAGGAUUCAAAACCGGCAGAAAAAUCAAAAUAUAAUACAUUACCCCACGUUGGGCCUAAAACAAAUGAAGUUGGAAAUCAUGCUAGUUUAUUUCAAAAGUUAUUCGCCUACAGAUUGGACAGUAAUUCUAAUAAAUUUCGCAAUAUCGAUGCAAACAAUAAUAAAAAUAGUUAUCAAGAAAAUGAUGCCACACCGUCUUCUACAAGUGAUGAUAAAGUUAUUCCUCCGAGACGAGUCACAAAUAUGAUACUAAAUCGUCAUCGGUUAGAAACUCAAGAACUACCUUCAACAAGUGAAGCAGAAAAUUUGGAAUCGGAUCGGAGCGAGAAAUAUUGUGAUAUUAUUCCUAAUUUAGAAUCUCCAGCUUACCUCCAUUUGAAAUCUAUGAUGGACGAUAGCUUAGUUCGCGUCCAGGGGCAAAUUAAUCUUGUGAAAGAAAGUGAAAAAUUCAUAUUAUGCGCAAUGACAAAAUAUUUGAAAAACCAAACUACAACUCUUGAAUUAAGUGAGAAUUUGAAAAGGCAUAUAGCAGUUAUGUUGACUGCUCAUGUUGAAAGUUCGCGGGCUGAACAAGAAAUGCUGAAGGAGCAAAUUGAUUCAAACAGAAUACAACAACAAAGCUCUAAGCAUCCAGAAGAUAUCAAGCUGGCAGAAAUAGUUAUGCGUAACGAAGAAUUGAGGAAGAAAAUUAAAGAGCUGCGCGAUUAUAUAUGUACUCUUCAAACGGCUAUUACGGAACUAACGGCGAUGGUUCAAAAUUUACAGCAACGGAAUAGGAAGUUGGAUGCUGAUAACGAAUAUUUAAAAUUCUGGAUUGAAAGAAUCGAUCAUGAUUACACUAAUCAGAUGGACCACAUGACCCAUUUAGUUCAAACAAAUAUUGUUCACGAUCCCGUCCUGGCUUUGGGAACACUUUCAAUGGAAUUGCGCACAUUAAGUUCCACAAUCAAUAGAGGUUCUAUUUGCAAUGAUAUGGAAUCAAGAAAGGAAAUAAAUAGUAUCAUUGCCAACGUUUGUAGUACAUGUCAUGAGACAAUUAAAAAAAUUAACGAUGAAUUUAUCAAACAAAAAGAUAUGGAUGGUGGAUUAGGCAAACCAACUGCAAUUGAUGAAUCUGAAAAGCUUAGAGAUAAGGAAAACUUGAAAAUCACAAAUGAAAAAAUGCAAAAUCUUCUGAAAAUUUUAAGUGAAUAUGAAAAGAAAGCCAAGCAGUGGGAAAAGGAAAAGGAGACUAUUGAAAUACAAUAUAAUAAAGAAAAAGAGGAGCACGCAGAAUAUUUGAAAACAAUUUCCAAACGCAUUGAUAAAUUGACCCAGGAAAAUGAGGAACUAAAAGAUCUCAAAUGCCAAUCAUCAUCAAUGUUGCAAACUAGUAAAGGUGCUUUAGAUAAUGCUCAAAAAUACCUCAAUGAACAACUUAGAAGAAUCAGGGAAUUAGAAGAUAAUGUGACUGAUAUUACACGGGAGAAUAAUCGUCUUACAUUAGUAGCAGUUUAUAAUAAGCAGCUUUGUGACCAGCUUCGGAAUACAGUUUUGAAUCGAGAUGAAGCUAUAGAACAACUACGUUCAGGAAUGCAGCAAUGUUCUCUUCAACUCAGCGAAGACAAUGUCGAAAAAAUAGCAUUAUGUGGAGAAGUUGAACAAUUAUCAGAGGAGAAGAGUGCUUUAACAGAUAUUAUUGCAAAAUUAAAGGAACAAACCAAGAAAAAAAUACGCCAGAAUGAGUCUGACAAAAAAGCCUUGAAUGAACUUACUGCUCAGAACAUGAAAGUGGCAUUAGAACGUGAUGGAUUAUUAGAAGAAAGAGUUCAUUUACUGAAUCAGAUAGAAUUAUUAAAACAGAGAGCAGCAAGACAACGUAUGAAGUGUGAAAAUCAGGUUACAACAUGCUAUCAACUUAAUAUGAAGGUUGCCGAAUUAACGGAAGCCCAACAUAAAUUAUGGAAAAAUCAGGAAUAUUUACCAAAAAAUGUUAGUGUACAAACUACAAAUCCGCUUCCUAUAGCUGAAGCAAACAAAGAUGUUGUAAAUUACCCAGCUCUAUCAACUUUUAAUAUAAACCGAUCAGAUGUUAAAACUAAUAUGUGUACUUGUGGGGUCAAGCAGCUUGAAGACAAUGCAUUUGGUGGUGUGAAGCAAUUAUGCCGAUGUGUCAGUGAAACUCCUGCGAUUUCUAUUUUCCACAUGAGUCAAACUAGUACCAAUUUUUCAAAAGAUAAUGGAUUUAACCCUUGCCAGAAUUCAAGUCAAGAACUUUUUGUUAAAUGCAGUUCUCGGGAUCUUGAAGAGCUCAGGAUUGAUAGAAAUAGAUUACGAUCCGACUUAGAGUCUACUCAGGAGCGAAUAAAAGAACUCCAAGAAAAAUUAAAUGAGCAGACUAAAGAAAAGGAGAGAAUUUUGGAUCAAUUAUCUGCUCAAACUAAGUUAGUUACUGAAAUGACGGAAAAAAAUUGUGAAAUGAUGACAAAAAUGAAAGUUACUCAAUCAAAUAAUGAACAUCUCAUGUGGGAGUUAUGCCAAAAAGAUUGUCGUUUCAGCGAACUUAAAACUGAAUAUCGAAAUUACGCGGAUAAAGCAGAAGCAGAUUUUAAACAACUUAAAGCUGAUUUAGAAGAACAAAAGCAGUUAGUUAAUUUACGUAAUGAAGAAAUUCAAGGAUUGAUGGAGGUUAAUUUAAAAAUAAUAUGA